AUGGGAAUGGAAGGAGAAGGUAGAAUAGAUGAUAGUGUUUGGAUUAUAAAAACUCAUUACCCCGAAAGAAUUGGUCAUACUGAAUUCAACGCUCAUAAAUGCAUUGUUAUAAUUAGAUCUCCUAUUGACUGCAUAGCAUCGUUAUUUAAUAUGAUUGCUACUGGUAGCCACAAUUAGUCCAUUACAGACGAGUAAUUUGAAAAAGUUAGACACAUUUGGAAUGACUUUGUAAAUGAUGAGGUUAAAGUGUGGGCAGAUUUUCAUUACUACUGGACUAAAUCUCCCUAAUCUAUUCCAACCCAUUUUGUGAGAUAUGAAGAUUUAUUGCUUAAGCCUUAUGAAACCCUUGUUGAAUUGUUCAAAUUUUUGCUAAAUAAGGAGAAUCUCGAUGGCUUGAAAAUCCAUCAAAUCAUUCAACAAGUGACUAUAGAUUAGGAGAGGCCAGAAGUUUACAAGCCUAGAAGUGGCAAAAUAAAUGCUAGCAAGAAGUUUUUUACUAAAGAAUAGCUAGUGAAGCUGAGAUAAGUAGCCUAUCGUGAAAUAAGAAGGUUCGGAUACUUAAAAAUGAAUUAGUACUAGGAGAACCCUACAGGAUUUAUAUCUGAGGAUGAAGAAGAGGAGAAAACUUAAAUUGAUAAAGAACACAGUAAUCAUGUUGCAUGGCUUUUAGAUUUUAAUAUGAAAAUGCUAAGUGUUGCUUUGAAAAUGAAUGAGCAGUUUAAGGAUGACUUGCUUAAUAAAGUAUACAUAAGGAUUAAUAAAAAAGAAGAGAUAGUCAGGAAAUAAAGUAAAGAAGAUCCAACAGCAAGGGGUGCCAGAAAAUACAAAAGUAUUCUGAGAGAUCUUCUCAUAUGA